ACUGUUUGUCCUGUGCGCGUAGACUGGUUGUAAUGCUGUGUAGUUGUAACCUGGCGUAUGUGUUUCCAGUUGUAGUGAGCGUAAUGUACAAAGACUUCGCCGACAAUGGGAUAACGUGGAAGUGAACGAGAGCGUGGCGUGGUAAUGGUAGCGGAGUCGGUUAGCUAGCGUGCUAACGGCUAACAACAAUAAGCCAUAUUUGGCGCUCUAGCGGGCAAAAGUUUGAAUUUAAAGGGAAGGCUGUGACUAUCGCAACUUUUUGUGUUUAAUUAAAAUUUUAACAGCAUGUAUUAAUUGUUCAAAGACGAUACGCAUCUGUUACUAAGACACGAGUAAUUCAACGAAUAGCCGGGUAGCUUUUUGUUUCUUGACUUCAGAAAGCCUUGCUGCCCGCUUUUUGUUUCGGAUUUCCCCCGCAAGCAAAUCCACGGCUAGACAUAGUCUAAUAGCAAAUAUUUUAACGGUACCCGUGUUUGCGAAGUUAGAAAAUGUCCCCUUUGUGCACCGGAAUUCAGAAAAAUAACGUUGACACCAAUUGCUGAUAGUAAAACGGCACUUCUGUUGUGGGUGUAACUGUGAUUGUCCCCACGUUUAACCGUUUUUUUGCCAUAACACUGACCAAAUACAGAGACUAUGUUUGGAUUUCACAAGUCAAAGAUCUACCGGAGUAACGACGGCUGUUGCAUUUGCAAGACCAAGUCGUCCAGCUCACGCUUCACAGACAGCAGUCGAUAUGAGGAGACGUUCAGGCUGUGUUUUGGGCUCUCAGAGGAACGUGUUGGGGACAUUUGUAAUGCCUGUGUGUUGCUGGUAAAGAGGUGGAAGAAACUGCCUAAUGGCUCCAAGAAGAACUGGAACCACGUGGUUGAUGCCAGAGCUGGCCCAGGCUUAAAGGUGACAAAACCUAAGAAGAUCAAGAACAGUGAUGGGAAGAAGAAAAGCAAGCUAAAGAAGCUGCACAAGUUAAAGAGACAAAACUCCGAUGCCCACAGCACGACCUCCAGUGUGUCUCCUGCUCAGUCUCCCAGUUACAGCAACCAGUCAGAUGAUGGCUCAGACAUCGAGUCCAAACAAAGACGCUCAACUCCCUCCAUUUUCUCCUUCUUGGACCGUUCCUACUGGAAAAGGCAAAAGGUGUGUUGCGGGAUUGUCUACAAGGGUCGAUUUGGAGAGGUGAUCAUUGAUCCCCGACUUUUCAAACCCUGCUGCAGUUCCAAAAAACAGAAGACACUGACGUCCACACAAGUGGCCACACACUUGCCGGACACACUCCCUCCACAACUCCCAGAGGACAUAAAAGAAACCUGGUGAAUGCUUUUGUUGACUCUCUCUGUAGGGCUAUCCAUGGCAUCCUCCUGGAUUUGUCUCCAGUGGCAGACUUCUCAUUUCCACUCUCCCCCUAUUAGAUCAGUUAGUUAGAUGUUUCUUUGCUAUGUUAUGUUCCUUUUUAUAUGGGUAUUUUUUUUAACUUUUGUAUAGAGUUGAUUUUCUUUUUUCUUUUUUUUCUUUUUUUUUAUACAAAGCAAAAAGGAAAAAAAAAUAUUGGGCAUUAGUAUUAUUUAUAGGAUGAGGAGACAAUUUUUGUUUUAAGCUCCAUUUGUGAUUCUGAAUUGUUAUUUUUGUACUAAGUCAUCGUUUUUUGUAAAUAUUUUUGUCACUUUUUCAUACAUAUCAGGACUGUUCUGUGUUUUUCCUAAUUUGUCAAAAUGUAAUUGUGCAUACGAAAGACACCAGCUAUUUCUUAAUGCCAGCUUUUUUCUGUGUUGGAGUGGCUCUUCAACAUGUUGCUGCAAUGUUUUGUCCUAUGUGUUUGCUCCAUAUGUACAAAUGAGUGAGUCUGUUUUGAUUUUUAGUGCACAAAUGGCUUGUACUGACACCAGGGAUCAAUAGUACAACUGUCCUCUAUGAAUUUAAUGAUCUUUUAAUGUGUGUGUAUAUAGAUGCAUUCCCUCAAACAUGUACACAGCUUAAGCAUGCCACACAUUUGAAACACUCCUUUUUAAUUUGUUCAGUGUGCGCACAUUGACUCAGAUUAGGUUAGACCAUGCAUGCAGUAUAUCCCUCUGCCUUUUGAAAUGACAAAAGUAAUUUAUUUUUUUUUCUUUUGUACAAACUCCAGUGAGGUGACAACGCAUGUUGUCAAGCAAAUGUUUUUAAAAAUGGGUUUUGUAAAUACAGCAUUUUUGGCUCUUGAUACAUGCAAGCCUUUUUAAAUUAUGGGAAUGGGAAACCACUACAUCCGUUUAAAAAAUGUUUGGGUCUGAAAGGUGCUGAAAACAUGUGCACUGGUCCAGUUUUAUCACAUUUUCACACCUCGUUUUAUCAGACACAUUUCUCUAAAGGUAUGCAUUGCAUAUGUCCUGCACAGAAAUGUGUAAACUGCAGGGACAAGUAGAAGGUGCAGCAUUGGUCAGCUGAAAUAUUUCCUCCGUUUCAGUUGUCAUACAGAAAACACAUAUGUUUUGCUUUAAAAUUACUAAUUUUUAGCCAGAGAAAUGCUCUUAGAGAAAUGUGUUGAUAAUUUUCAUUGCUGCGACUGUCAAAGUUCAAACUAUGCAGACGUUUUGAAUGUGAUUAAUGCUCUGGGUCUGUCUAUCACUUUUGCUAUUCUAGUGUUAAAGUGAUGGAUCCUUAUUCAACCAAAUUGGCUUGUAAAAGCAUCCAUUAUUUCAGCAAUAAUGUUACAUUUCCAUAAUCAUAAGUCAUUGUGUCAUGUAUGUCAUAUUCAAAUAAUGCACAGGUUGCACACUUUUUGCCAUGGUGCAUACUGUAUCAAAUUAAUACUGCAGUGACAACGGUUGUUUUUCUAUUUUAUACAUUUUUGUAACCAACCUAAAACUAAAUGAGUUGACAGGCAAUUCUCUGUAAAGUUGCUUAAUAUAUAAACUCUUUUUCUGCGGCAGGGUAGCUAAAUGCUGAACGCAUUUAUGAUUCUUACUAAAAGGAAAAAUGCUGCUUCCUUUUAAGCUGGAAAAUAAGCUCAUUUUUGUUUUGUCCUUAGGGAGUUGCCAUAUUAUUUUGCGAGGUACAUUUUGGGAUGUGAAAUGUGCCUUAAUGAACAUGAUCUUUCCAUUAUGAUUCUUGUAAUUUAUAUUUAUUUAUUACAAAACAUUUUUUUAACUAAAAUUUUGAGAUAACUGGUGUAGAACCUUCCAGAAAGUCUUUUUUUAUUUUGUGCACUUCCUUUGAACAUGCAAUGUAUUGAUUUUUUUAUGCCUUUUUGUAUACUGUAACAAAGUAGAUCGUACAAUAAAGAAAAAAAAAUAAAAUUGAA